AGAAGCCUUUUGGUGGAUCCACCAGCGACGACCAAGGGGCCAGGACUCGACGGAUCUGACACAACUACUGAAUUUCAGGGGCAGAGACGAAUGAAAAUUCUAUGCUUGUCGUGAUGUUUUUGGGUUUGCGGAAUGUCUUGAGGCCGGUGAACGGAAUUACGAACACAUCAAAGCUCGGGUAACAUAUAGAAUUUAUUGCAGCAUAUGGACGGGCGGUACACAAAACGGUCAUGUGUUACGCGCGUAUUCAAAAGCGGUAGGAGACGGCACUUUUGUACUCCAAAGCAUGAAACCUUGUUCGCCAACCAUUUUUCCUCCAGGCACAACCUCGACUACUUGCACAACCACCUGCAUGCCCAUUGCUGCUCUGAGGUAUUCAAUUUCCCCGAUGGGCCAUGUGAGACUCUUGUCGGUACCAGGUGCAGUCGCCGGCUGCGUCAAACGACCACCGAAUUGAACACAAAGCGCGUGCUCCGUACGGUCCGUGGAAUCCAGAAUAGAACAAAUGCGAUCGUGAUUGAACCUUCAUGUAUUGCACGGACAUCAUCACUUCUCGUCUCGGCUGCAACUUACCGAAAUCAGUCCCAGGUAUAAAACCCAUAGGGGCUUGAGAAUAGACGCCCCGGAAGGAACUGCUCCUCGCCGUGCCUUCUGUGUGCAUUGUCGCCUCCCCGUUGUACGUUGCGCAAGAGUAGUCCGCCAGUAAAACACGAUGGGUACGGGCAAAGGCUACAGUUCGCGCAUCGCGUCGAACUCGUUCGUCGUUGGGUCGUUUGCAUGUAUCGGUGGUGGUCUCUUCGGACUGGACAUAUCGUCCAUGUCUGGAGUGUUGACUAAUCCGGCAUACCUUCGCGUGUUCAAUCAUCCUGCAUCCAAUCCUCAAGGUGCUAUCGUCGCCUCCAUGCCUGCGGGGUCCUUCAUCGGGGCACUCGUGGUAACGAAGCUGGCCGAUCUAGUAGGCCGGAAGCUCACGAUUAUUCUCUCCGGUAUUCUUUGGGUGAUUGGUAGUAUUAUUCAAUGUGCUUCAGUGAACCGCGGUAUGCUUGUUGUUGGCCGUAUCGUUUCUGGUCUCUCCAUCGGUUUCGCUUCCACUACCGUUCCGUUGUACCAGGCCGAGAUUACCGCUCCCGCUGUUCGAGGACGCAUGAUUUCUUUGCAGCAAUGGUCGAUCACCUGGGGUAUUCUGAUCCAGUAUUUCAUCCAAUUUGGAUGCUCGUAUAUCGACGGUGUAGCUUCAUUCCGCAUUCCAUGGGGUCUGCAGAUGAUUCCUGCUAUCGUUCUAGCGAUUGGCAUGUUAUGGUUCCCGGAGAGUCCUCGUUGGUUGAUAGAUCACGACCGUGAAGAUGAAGCGUUACAGAUAUUAGCGGACUUGCACGGAAAUGGUGAUAAGGAUCAUCCUCUCGUCCAGCUGGAAUAUGAGGAAAUCAGGCAACAGGUGUACUUUGAGAGGACAGAAGGUGCAAAGAGUUACUUGGAUCUACUCAGACCAGGUGUUAUGCGUCGUGUCAUGCUGGGUACAAGCUUGCAGAUGUGGAGUCAACUGUCCGGCAUGAACAUCAUGAUGUACUACAUUGUCUACGUCUUCCAAGGUGCAGGUCUAAGCGGCAAACGCGGAGAUCUCAUCGCCAGUUCCGUGCAAUAUGUUCUGAAUGUCUUAUUUACAAUUCCCGCCAUCAUCUACAUCGACAAGUGGGGACGACGUCCAAUGCUCCUCGUGGGAACUGCACUGAUGGGCUUCUUCCUGAUGCUUGUUGGCGGCUUACAGGGACGCUUUGGUGCCUGGGGCGACGUGGACGGCUCGCGUGUUUGGGUUAUCAGUGGACAUGGUUCUGCAACUCGUGGCAUCAUAGUCUGCUCGUAUCUCUUCGUCUGCUCUUUCGCAAUUACUAUGGGUCCUGUGAGCUGGACGUAUCCGGCUGAGAUCUUCCCGAUGCGUGUCCGCGCGAAGGCAGUCAGUUUGAGUACAGCUUCGAAUUGGUUGUUUAACUUUGCCCUCGCGUGGGCUGUUCCACCUGGAUUGAGCAACAUUGCGUAUAAGACUUACUUCAUCUUCGGGACGUUCAACUUCGCCGCAUUCAUCCACAUUCUUUUCAUGUACCCAGAAACAAAGGGCCGCACACUCGAGGAAAUCGAGGACGUUUUCGCCCAGGGACAUCUCUUCACAGCCUGGAAGAUCAAACCCACUGUCGGUCUCAAGACUCUCGAGGAUGUCAAGAGGUCGGCAAAGGCAGAAUAUGCCGACGAGAAGUCAAGCGACGCGGGCAUACCUUGAGUGGGAGCUCAAGUAUGAUGCGAGUGGUGAUGAGCAUGUGGCAUGGUUUGCUGAGGCGUUUUUCCUUGUUUGGGUGGCAUAGUUGAACGAUGGUAAUAUAACUGAAUUAGUAGUCUCUUCUCAGUUUUUAUUCGUUCGUCCCAUUCGAUUGUUUCGUGUAUUCCGUAUCGCGACAUAUGCAAGUUUGUCUGUUUUUCACGAUAUUCAUGAUCGGGGUUUCUCUUCGCAUGAUUAUGUAGAGAUGAUCGGAGCCGGGUGGAAGGGGAAAUAUUGUUGCCUGAGAACGCAUUUCAAGUAUGAAUCACCUUUAUUUUUGUGGUGGUAUUUUUGUUACGCACGGUGAUGACUAAUAAUUAUCGUUUAUU